CAAACGUUUAAGUUGUGUUUUGAAUGAACCGCAAAGAGGCUUUGUCGUUGCGUUUUUUGGUGGGAAAACUCGUACGUUUUACGGAAAAUUCAAAUGGAAAUAUUUGUUAAUCGUUCGUGAGUUUUGUUUUUCUUUUUUGUUUUGUUUUGGUCUCAAAAAGCUAAGACCGGUUGAAAGAAGAUGAAAAUAGAUAUCUUGCCAGUGCGGUGUGUUAGUACGUAACACAGUUAAGAUCUUAGAUUAAAUCUAAUUUCUAUUUCGUUUUGGUUCGGUUCGGUGGAUCUGUCAUAUUUCCAAUUUAUCAUCAACUUUAUGGCCUAAAUAUUAGUUGUUGGCUUUGUUUAUGUACGAGUGCGUGUGUGUAUGUGGUUUCCAUAUGCUAAUCAAAAAAUUAUUGACCACAAAGAAAAAUAAAUAAAUUAAAAAUUGAAAUUGUUGAUGGUGUUUUUGAUUCAUAGUUUGGUUAUGUAAAACAAGGGAAAUGUGGAAAAAUUAAUAAAAACAAAAAAAAAAAUAAUAAUAAUAAUAAAUAAUCUUAAAAGUUUAUAACAACUUCAAACAGAUUUUUAGAAAAUUCCAUCCAUCAUCACCUGGUCAAAAUAAAACUAACCAACGCAAUAAAAUCUCCAUCAUUUUUUUUCCUUUAAUGGAAAACCGGCAAUCAUUGAUCUUACCAUCAGCUUUUGAGUAGAUGUUGGCAAUUUUUCCCGUCGCCUGAGAAGUUUUCGUCAAUAUACAUAUGUGUGUGCGUGCGUGCAAGUGUGUGUCCAUUUGUGAAAACAUUUCAUCAUUUUAACACGGACCAAGUCAAAGAGAGGCUCAUUUAAAUAACAAGCAAAAACUGUUAAACGAACAUAUUGAUAAUAACAACAACAAAACGAUAAAGAAUUUAAAAAAAGAAAAGGCAACAACGACUUUAGAACCGCAUACGCAGCAUCUUUGCUCAAAGCAAAAGUAACCAAAACCAACGCCAAUAUGAAUAAUGAUGAUGGUCUGGCACCACCAACCAACCAGCCACCCGACAUGAAUGAAAAACGUACGCAUGCCUAACUCCAAAACUUAACUGAACAAAAAAAAAAAAAAAAAAAAAAAAAACAGAAAACAACAAAAACGCCAACAGAAUAUGAUGAAGGAUACCAUAGGGACGGACGGGCAUUCGUGCAACACUCACUUUUGAUUUUGCCCACAAUCAACAAUGCCUUCAUCCCUCUUCGCGAGGCAAUAGUGCGUUCGGCAACAGUUGUUCUUCCAACUCCAACUGAUGCUGCUAAUGAUGCCUAAGACACAACGCAACGCCAACAACAAUACCUAUGUUGUUGAUGCCGCUGCUUCUGCUACUUCUGAUGAUGAUUUAUGCAAAUUUCCUACGGAUUCUGAACUUAAAAUGAAAGGUGCUUUUAGAAGCUGUCGUCAAGUGUUUUGUAUAUUGUUUGCCGGCAUGAUCUUGAAUGUCUUAUAAUUUCCAUAACAACUUAAUUCUUCUCUGCAUAAACUAAACAAGAAGGUGCAGUUGCUUGAAAAACGAAGUUCUCCAUCAACACAAAUGCGUCUAUGUAAAAAAUUAAUAAAAAUCAGAAAAAUAAAAAAAAAUCUUCCAUAAAUAAAUAAAAAAAGUGAAUAAAAAGGAAUUACAAAAAUCCAAAACAAAUCGAAAGUGUCAAAUAAUUUGUGUUGUGAUAAGCGUCCACGAUUUGUGUUUAUAAAAUAAUUCGAAAUUUGAUCUCCUUUAAGAAUAAAGUUCAAAUCACAAUUUUAGCCAAAACCAGUGAAACGAAAAAAGAGUACACAACCAACAAUAAAUAUUUAUUUAUAAUUUAUAAUCAAUGUUGUUUACAUUCCCCUUAAAAAGUAAUAACAAAAGAAAAACCAAAAACCCCAACAAAAUUCUUUUCUAUAAUUAUUUCGUUGGAAAUAAAAGCAUAAUAUGAGAUUUCGUUCAAUUCUUGCAAUACCGAUUUAUCCAUCAUCCAUAUCAUCACCAUUAUUGAUUGUGACGACUACGACGACGAAAACCACUACAACAACAACAAAUCCAGCCUCAGCAUCAACGUCAAGUUCAAAACUAUAUUCAACAGCGACCGAACAGCAUUGUUCGAGCAGAGUAAACAAGAAAUGUGGCAUAAACGUAAUAAACUCUUGAUAUUUUUACUUUGGAUAAUGAAAAUAAGAUUAGUAUCCAGUUUUACAUCAUCACUUUUGUGUGCCCGCAUACCUGGCCUAACGCCCCAGCAGCGACAGCUAUGCUCUGAGUCACCGGAUGCAUUUAUUGCCCUGGGUGAGGGCCAUCAAUUGGGCGCCCAUGAGUGCCAGUAUCAAUUUCGGGGGCAUCGCUGGAAUUGUUCGGAAGUGUGGAAGAAGGAUGUCUUCGGGCAUGUUAUGUUUGUUGGAUCUCGUGAGGCUGCCUUCACAUAUGCCAUAGCAAGUGCCGGGGCUGCUCAUGCUGUGACGGCGGCAUGUGCGCGUGGCAAUAUCACACUAUGUGGCUGUGAUGUGCAACAUAAGCCCACAUCAACGCGGCGGGGUAUACAGGCGGAGUUUGAGAGUGGCCUCAGUGGAGGUGGUCAACAGCCAUGGAAAUGGGGUGGCUGUUCGGCGGAUAUCGAAUUUGGCAUGAAAUUUGCCCGCAAAUUCUUAGAUGCCCGGGAAAUUGAGGGUGAUGCUCGGAGUCUCAUGAAUUUGCACAAUAAUCGAGCAGGAAGGAGGCUGGUGAAAAAUCUCCUAAAAACAGAUUGCAAAUGUCACGGAGUCAGUGGCUCCUGUGUCAUGAAGACCUGUUGGAAGAGUUUACCCUCGUUUCGGGUGGUGGGCGAUGUUCUGAUGAAGAAAUACAAUAAAGCCAAAAUUGUUCAAGCCGCCAAAGGCAAAAAUGGACUGAAACUAGUUUUAAGCAAAAAAAAUCGUGCCGGCAAGGUGAAGAACUAUCCCAAACGCAUGGAUUUGGUCUAUCUGCAAACAUCGCCCAAUUACUGUGAACGCAAUUUACAGGAGGGCGUUCUGGGCACCCAGGGUCGUGUCUGCAAUCGCACCUUGCAUGGCUUUCAAAGCUGUGAUUUGCUCUGCUGUGAGCGUGGCUAUAAUACCCAACAAAUCCGACGCACCACCCAGUGUCGCUGUCAGUUUAAAUGGUGCUGUCAGGUGCAAUGUGAUGUCUGCGAAGAGAACUAUGAAGAGUUUACCUGUAAAUAAUAUUUAAACAAAACGAAGAACAGACAACAAAAAAGCGAAACAAAACAAAA